AUGCCUCCGAUAUCCUCUCAGCGCCGAGCCGUGACCGAAGAGAACUCGUCUCUUUCAGACGAAGAUGUCGGCUUUCUCUACCAGGUUAUCUCUGACGCAGAGACGAAGCCCUCGGUCGAUCUACUCCCUUUCCGCGCGCUUUUUGAAGCAUACGAUGAAGCCAUUGAGGAACAUGGCAAGAAAUACGGCGUCGAUGCAGACCCAGGCCAUGCCUGCUUGCGCUUCCUGUUCAAGAUGGGAAACAAAGACGUGCCCGGGAAGACCCUUUACGACAAAUUCGAGAAUUUGCUUCAGCAGAUGAACAUCGCGAUUCAGUUCAAUUUCAGCGAUGGUGAUGAUUCGACAGAUGGCUACGGCAAAUAUACGGUGGAUAAUACUCCCAGCGAGUCUCCCAUUACGAACGGUGUACCACCACCUACUCCGAAACGACGCGCCUCGUUCAAUACCACAGUUGACAUUGGCGAGGAUGUUACACAAAGGAGUUUCAUCAAUCGUCCAAGCUCUCGCUCGUCAAUGUCGCGACUUGAAGUUGGCAAGCCCGAGUUUCAGAAACCCAAACUGUCACCUACGCCCAAUCCCCAUUCCGGCCUUGAUAAGUCGCCAGAUCGGACACAAUUGAUUAGCCAGUUCUUGGAUGUUGGUCGUCGGUUGCUAAGUAGAUUCGACGGGGUUGAAAACAAAGACUUAGUCAAGGAACAAGCCCCGGUAACAAAUGGAUUAACCAAUGGGGUGGUGGCGAGAUCAGCAGUCGCUCGCGAUCGUUCAAAGAGAUUGGCUGAAGCUUCACGUUCACGUUCAAGUUCACAUCAACAACGCGCUCACUCGCCUGAUUCAUCAGCCACUGAGUCCGAGGAUGCGCAGUCAAUUCUAUCGGAAGGCCCAGAGCACGAUUCAUUCGAAAAGGAAGAGGCUCCGCCAGAAUAUAUUUACCGUCCACAACUCUCCGAUCUAAUUCGGGACGCAUCAACUUUCAACAUGUACCGACAACGGUCGAUUUGCCGUCGAAUCUUGACAUUAUGGUUGAAAAAGGCAUUCCAGGCAAGACAAACGCGACAAGCUAGAGAAACGAUCGCAAUCAAUUAUGACCGAGGUCUUCUUACCCGACAAGCCUUUGAACCAUGGCGGGGGGUCAUUCAAGAUAAACGUCACUCAGCUCAAACGGAACGGUUUUUCAAACACCUUGAAGAGCGUGCCAGCCGUGCGCGCGAUCUAUAUUUGAUGACGAAAGCGUUCAGUCACUGGGCUCAACUUACCUCGGAUGAAGUAGCUCGUACUUCUGCUGCCAGAAGACAUGUUCUUGGAGUCAAGUAUUUUAGCGCAUGGCGUGAGAUCACUGCAGUCAACGAGUUGAAAGCUCAACGCUUUGCCUUGCGGAGGCCUUUCAACACAUGGCGGAAGAAACUCCAGGAUCUGAAGGCGGCAGAGGCCCAAGCUGUUGCUUCUCGCAAAGCAAAGAUGCAAAAAGCGUCAUUCUGGCACUGGUGGUGGUGUUUCUGCGAUCGCCGUGUCCUCGAAUUAUCCGACUAUCGACUAAAAAGACGGUCACUUCUUGCUUGGCUUCGAAAUUUCCGAACCAAUCGAGAGCGUGACCACGAAAUAGAUCUACACAACAGACGGUCAUCUCUUAAGUCUGUCCUCCAGAUAUGGUCUCAUCACUCAAAAACCAUUGCUUUUGCAGAGCAGGAGGUUCAGAAUUCUCGACGUCAGCAUGCCCUUAAAGACACUUUCGAUGAAUGGAGAAUUCAGUCUCGGCUGGCCCCGGCUGCUUCUCGUGUAUCAGAGAUGGUUGAUACGAGGAUUGUGCGAAAUGCUCUCUCACAGUGGAUCGCAAAGGCUCAAAUGGCGAAACAAGCUGAAGAAAUGGACCGUAUUCGUGUUCAGCAUAAUGCAUGGACGUCUUGGAACGACACGCUUCGUUGCUUGGCCCUCCGUGCUCGAAUCGAUGAGCGGCUCAAGAUGGAAGCCAUGUACAAGUGGAUUUUGCUGGAGAGGUUCGAGCUGAUGCGGAGAAUACGCGAGCAGCGCAUCAAGCGGGAAGUGUUUUCUCGAUUUGUGACAAAUACCCGAGGCACAUACACUCGCUUGCUGUUCCAUGCAGAAAUUCAUGAAGAUCACCGAACUGAAGACUUGGUGCGGUCCAAACUCGCCAUUUGGCGGGAUCAAGUGCAGCUCCAGCGCGAGCGAGAGUAUGUGGCAUCUGAGUUCUAUGCUCCGCGGCUGGCAGCCGAGUCUCUUGCAAUUUGGCAAUCCAAGCAUAAACAGGUGCUCAAGAUGGAAGGAUGGGCCAAUGAUGCCCGAUACUACUUCUUGGUGAAGAGGACAAUGAAGCAAUGGCAUCAGGCCAAGGUGGAUUCCGGCAAACGAAGGCGGCAAGAGUCGUACGCAAAAGUUCGACGGAAGAUCAAAGUCAAUCUCGCCUCCAAGGCGUUGGCUGUCUGGGCCUCAAAAACGCGGAACAUCCUUGAGAUGGAGCAACAGGCCAGUGAUGUUGAUCGUGACAAGUUGCUGACGGAUACAUCUGAGAUAUUUGUCCAAUGGCAUGAGAAGACCACCAAGAGGAUACAGGACGUCCAGGAUGCCGACGAUUCUUAUUUCAGACAAGUUGCCUUCGGCCAGCUAAUGCAAAUAUACGAAACCUUCGUCAUUCACCGUGAGAUGGAAGAUCAAGCAGACAAUGUCCUCCGAUUGCAUGUCCUGAAACAGUCGGCUGCUUCCCUUCGCAAGAUGAGUCUUCGCAUCUUCCAGAUCAGCAGUACCACCGAGACUGCCGAAGCUAUGCGUGAAAGAAAUCUCAGAAAGCAUUCCAGAAACAUGUUCCGUAACUGGGUGGACAACGCCAGAAUGAAGCUAGAGGCUCGAGACUCUGCUGGUCCGCCUAUGACUCCCGGUCCAACCCUGACACCUGCACGAGUUUCAAAUUUCGGGCAAGUAGAUGGCGCUGGCUCAGCGCUAUUCGACCCCUGGUAUCAAGACGAAGCCGAAACACCCUUCAAACUCAGCGACUUUACGAACACCUCCCAGGAGCCGGUCUCCGCCACGCCCCUUGCAACCCCGAGUUUCACUACAUCACCUUCUAAACGAGCCGCGCGAGCACGAGCACUGGCACAGAUGUCCACCACCCCCGCCACCCCCUUACGCACCCCUUUCGCAAGUCGGCUCCUUCGCGCCGGUACCACAACUGGCCAAAUCACAUCCUCCAUCCGGCCACGCACUGGUCGACGAACCUCCGUAGGAACCAGCGUCCGCUUCGUGGACGAGGAACCUCCUGAGUCUCCGACAGAUGGUCGCCGAUCAGCGAAUCGACGACCUUGA